UUAACGGUGGGAGCUCUCGGCAGAAUGGCGUCGCUCACGCUACAGCUGCUCAGCCUGAUGCUGAUGGUCUCAGCUGCGACUGCUUGGUACUACAGGUACUAUGGAGGCUCGGUGACCUUCACUUCUACUGGACGACAACCGGACGGGACCUUUGAGGUGGAGUUUCGUGACAGACAAGCUUCCCCCUCCUGCUACCAGAACAGCUACACUUGUUACUAUGGCGACUGUGGAUGGCAAACCCAGAGUUCCAGCUCAUUCAUCGCCUCCAGCUGGAACUGGGAUUACUGGUGCCAGAACGAGCUAAGGACAGUGAGAAAGCUCAGCAGCAACCGACCCUUUGCCAUCAGGUAUCCCACUUACUAUGAUUACUGGAAUGGCUUUGGAUACUGGAUGUAUAACAUCAGAAGCAAUGACGCUCCUAUGGAGAUGAUGGCACAUGUGGACCUGGGAACCCGCUCUGAUACUGGACAACCUAACAACCCUCCUGUCUCUUCCACGCUUCCUUACAUCAGAAUUCCAAGGAACUGCCCUCGAUCCAUAAACCUGACAGUGUUUGACCCUGAUGGCGACCGGUUCCGAUGCAGAGUACCGACAGAUCCUAGCACAUAUGAGUGUGGGCUGUGUGGUCUGCCCCCUGAGUUCACUGUAGACCAGAAUGCCUGCUCUGUAACAUAUCAGCCUGACUACAAUUAUUACUAUUACUACGGCUUCGUUCCCAUUGAGCUGGUGCUGGAGGAUUUUCCCCAUAGUCCCAUUUCAUUGGCUUAUUCUGAUGGAUCCUACACAUUAAAAGAACCGUUAUCACUGCAUAGGCACAAACGUCAAGCUACAACUGCAGAAGCUCCAACAACAACCACAGAAGCUCCAACAACAACCACAGAAGCUACAACAGAAACCAUAGAAAUACCAACAACAAUAACCACCGAUUCAUGGUUUACCACAAACACUGAACCACCAUUCAACACAACUACCACACCACUUUUCAACACAGCCGUACCUGCUACAGGCAGUUACCAACUAUCAAUUCCUGCUUUAAGCAAAGUCCCUCUGCAGUUUAUGGUUUAUAUUGACGCAGACGUCCCUUCCUGCCUUGAAGGUGAUUACAUCCCCAUCUUCUUGUCUCCAACUCCGUAUAAUGGAGCGACUCUUCCUGCAUAUGUCAACCGCACCCUGACCAUCAAAGUCAGAUCCUCAGCACAGUACAGCAUAAUUAAUGACCUGCUCAUCACUGGACCCAGCGGCAUUUCAAAGCAGAGAAUCUCCACGGAGGAGUUUCACCUCACAUGGAGUCCAACUGAUCAAGACCUCAAUCACAAUAUUCCUAUCUGCUUUGUGUCUCAAGCUAACUACAACUACUACUACUGGUACUGGUACUACUACUACCAACCUGUUUACUCUGAGCUGCGCUGUGUGAUUGCCAACAUUGCACAUCAUGAGGCCAAAGUGACGUGCAGUGAAACAGCCAUAAAGGUGGAGGUGGAGAAGGACAACCUCAUCAGACGCAACGAGAACAAGCUGCAUCUGUUCGGCUUCACAGAUCCUUCUUGUAACCUGGCAGCUCUCUCCAACUCCACCCACCUGGUCGCUGAAAUCUCUCUGAACGCUUGUGGAACCCUCAUAGAGGAGGAUGACACAAACAUCAUCUUCAGGAACGGAAUAACAGCUGCUGACCCACGUGCAGUGAUUUACAGGAAUAAUGAUGUGGACGUGGGCUUUCAGUGUGUUUAUCCCAUAAGAAACAACCUGACCCUAGAGUUCAGGCACAAGAACCCCUACGCCUUCACAGACCAAGGCUUCGGCACCUUCAGCUUCCAGUUUGAGUUCUUCGAGAGCCAGAGGUUCUUCAGACUAAUAAACGGCAGCAGAUACCCAGUGGAGGUGGACGUUGGGCAGAUGAUGUUCUUGCAGAUCGAGGCGGCGACCUCCAUCCCCAACGUAGAGCUGUUUGUGGAGUCCUGCAGGGCGACUCCCUACGACAACCCCAACUCUCGCAUCAGCUACACCAUCAUUGAAAACGGGUGUGUGAGGGACAAAACAGUGACGACGUAUUCUGGCUCCAACCUGCAGUUCAGGUUUGGAAUGGAGGCAUUUGAAUUCAUUGGAGCUCAGCUACAGGUCUACAUCACCUGCUCAGUCAUCCUGUGUGAGAGGGGGGUCCCUGGAACCAGGUGCUCUCAGGGAUGCAUCCAACCCCACCAUCGUGGCAAAAGGGAGUCUGCAGCCCAGAGUAGCAGACACAUGAUUUCCCAGGGUCCUCUGCGUCUGGCUAGAGCUGCUGACAGUCCAGCAUCUGGCCUCAGCAUGAAUCUUGGCUUGAACCUAGUUUUCAUUGUUGGUGUCCUCCUGGUCUGUGGAGUCAUGGUCUACAGAGCAAAGAGGUCCACAUCCAAAUACCAACUCCUUCCAACAUCCGACUCUCACUAAACAUGGACAUUUUUUUUCACUUACAUCUAAACUAUAACAAAUAGAACCUGUAAAGCGUAACCAGAAGUGUCACCUUCAAUCAAAUAUUUUCUGCUCUUACUGAAACUGUGUGGCUGCUUAAAGGUUUCAAUAACUGAAUAACUUAGUAUGUGCUGUUACUGUGCUGCUACAUAUCUAUAACCUGUGUUUUAUGGGUGUAAACUCUACUUUAACAUUAAAGCUUUGCAUAAUAGACUUAGUGGUUAAGAUGCAGUAGUUUGGUUAAACUAACACCCCCUAUGCCACUUUGUAUUUAGACCUUUCGUUUAUGUUGAUCCAAACUUUAAUUAUAUGAUAUAUAUGAUAUGUGGUGUCAGAACUAUUACAUUCAAAUCAGCUUUCAGGAAAAUGUGGUUUGAAAAUCUUCUGUUCUUUUAAUAAAAGGUUAUGGAAACGGU